UCCGACGACGCGACCGCGACCGGAGCUCAAGAAGGUAUACAGCUAGAAGGAUUGGAUCCCAAGUGGAGGGGCAGCCAUUCACAUAGGACACUGCAGACCAAGCCUUUCUGAGUGAAGAUCCCUUGGAGAAUGCAAACCUACUUCCUGCAUUCCCUUCGACUUUGAUCUGCACACCUCCAGCAAGCAUAGAGAGAUCUUGGAGGAGGCUGUCCCGAAGAUUCCUGCCAAUGCUUGUCUGAUCCUGCCUUCUAUGAAGCAUGGCCACCACAGGAUUACGGGACAAAUCAUAGACCCUGAGCCACACAGCUGCUCUGAAAGACACACUCUACAGCCUUGCUUGGCUCCAGGUGCUGCCAAGCCUUGAGACUCACUCCCAUCCCAACGAUGCCUUCAGGAACCAUGGUCACAGCUAUAUGAGACCAUUACAGAGCAGGGCUUGACCUUGCUACCCAGCAAGCCUCCUGAGUGGCCCCCAACACCUCCCAUGUCUGGCUACCAGGGCAGACUAGAACAUGUCUGUGCCCCGGAUCCAAGUGGAAGAAGUGGGUGAGAAAGACAGGCCAGCAGGGCCACCCGUACCUUCUGAUGACCACCUCCUCAGCCUGAAGGCCCUCACUGAGAAGCUGAGGCUGGAGACCCGAAGACCUUCCUAUCUGGAAUGGCAGGCCAGGCUGGAGGAGCAGACGUGGCCUUUCCCGAGGCCAGCUGCCCAGCAAGAGACAAGUCUGGAGCAGGGAGCAUGUGGGGGUGGAGAGCCUCUGAUGCCUCUGAAGGAGUCCAGAGAGCUUCUCCCACCUGCCAGGAAUGCCAGCAGGGGUGACAGGCCACUGACCACAGGCAAGCUGGAAGGCUUCCAGAGUAUCGAUGAAGCUAUAGCCUGGCUCAGGAAGGAACUGGCAGAGAUGCGGCUCCAGGACCAGCAGCUGGCCAGGCAGCUCAUGCGCCUCCGCGGAGACAUCAACAAGCUGAAGAUCGAGCAGACCUGCCGCCUGCACAGGAGGAUGCUCAAUGAUGCCGCCUUUGAGCUGGAGGAGCGGGAUGAGCUGUCGGACCUCUUCUGUGACUCCCCCCUGGCAUCCUCUUUCAGCCUUUCCACGCCACUCAAGCUCAUUGGCGUCACCAAAAUGAACAUCAACUCCAGAAGGUUCUCUCUUUGCUGA